CAUAGAAAGUGGACAGUCCAAAUGUGUGUGUGCGUAUAUGUGUGUGUGUGUCUUCUAAAACAGGUUUCCCUACCUGCGACACACACUCCACCCAGUCCUGUUUGGGGAUUUAAAAGGCCUCCAUCCCACUCAGAUCAGUUUUUCUGCAGCAGGUUCCCUGGUCUCUCAAAUCCGUCCUCCACUACCUGGUGACCAUCUUCAAUCUUCCAUCUUCCAUCUUUUGCUUUUUCAAUUUUGACCUCGAGGUUUGAGCCAUGAGUCUGCGGAACAAGCGCAUCAGCUCCAGCAGCUCCGUGCGGAGCAGUGGUAAACUCGGGGGCUUCGGGUACAGCGGAGGCUUCAGCGGGAUGUCCCUGGGAGCCUCUUCGCCGGGCUUCAGCAGCAGCACCACUUACCUGGGCGCUCCGAUAACCAGCGUAUCCGUCAACAAGAGCCUGCUGGCCCCUCUGAACCUGGAGAUCGACCCCCACAUCCAGAUGGUGCGGACCCAGGAGAAGGAGCAGAUUAAGUCCCUGAACAAUCGAUUUGCGUCCUUCAUUGACAAGGUGAGAUUCCUGGAGCAGCAGAACAAGAUGCUGGAGACUAAGUUCGACUUGCUGCACGAACAAACCCCCGGCAGGUCCAACAUCGAGCCCAUGUUCGAAGCUUACAUGGCUAACCUGCGCAGACAGCUGGACGUGGUGAACAACGACAAGAUCAAGCUGGACGGAGAGCUGAGGAACAUGCAGGGACUGGUGGAGGACUUCAAGCACAAAUACGAGGAUGAGAUCAACAGGAGGAACAACCUGGAGAACGACUUUGUGAUUCUGAAAAAGGAUGUAGACUCUGCGUAUCUGGUGAAAGCUGAUCUGGAGGAUAAAGUUGGAGCUCUGACUGACGAGAUCAACUUCCUGAGGAGCAUUUAUGAUGAGGAACUGCGAGAGAUGCAGGCGAGUAUUAAGGACACCUCGGUCAUCGUGCAAAUGGAUAACUCCCGUAAUCUCAACAUGGAUCAGAUAGUGGCUGAAGUUAAAGCUCAGUACGAGGAGAUCGCAGCCAAGAGUCGUGAGGAGGCCGAGUCCUGGUACAAGUCUAAGUUUGAUCAGAUGGCGAGCCAGGCCUCUCAGUAUGGAGAUGAGCUGAGGAACACUAAGGGAGAGAUAGCCGAGCUGAACCGGAUGAUCAGCCGCCUGCAGAGCGAGAUCGAGUCUGUGAAAGCUCAGCGUGCUAACCUGGAGAACCAGAUCGGGGAGGCGGAGGGCCGCGGGGAGCUGGCGGUGAAGGAGGCUAAAGCUCGGCUGAGGGAUCUGGAGGAGGCACUGCAGAGAGCCAAGCAGGACAUGGCCCGGCAGCUCCGCGAGUACCAGGAGCUGAUGAACGUUAAACUGGCCCUGGACAUCGAGAUCGCCACCUACAGGAAGCUGCUGGAGGGAGAGGAGGACAGACUUGGACAGCAGGCCAUUAUCAACAUCCAGGCAAUGCCCAGUUACAGCUCCAAAGCGAUGAACGGCUACCAGCAGAUGUGUUCUCCAGGCCCCAAACUCGUGAUCAAGACCACCGAGACCAGAGACAACACCAGAUACUCCACCCACUGAACCUGCUGAACCACCUCAGCCUAAACUACAGUUACUUUACAACAGGCUGAAGAAUCUGCUUAAAUCUAGGAGUAGGUUUAUUAUAAUAUUAUAAAACACAGUAGAAUUAAAUAUAUAUAAUAUGCUGAUGAUUUUCUGUAUGACUGAAGCUGAUUUGCAUAUUAUCCAAAUGCACAAAUAAAUAUAAUGAAGGAGAUUUUACUGUGAAAACAAUGUAUGUAUCUGAUUAUAUGGAAUAACGUUUCUGCUGUCGGUGACUGAAAUCAUUUGAUAUUAAUCACACAAAUGUUAAAUAAAGUAUAAUAAAGUUAUAUUAUUCCUGUGUGACAAAUUA